GUCCUUGGCACGCCCAUGCCAUGGAUAUGCACUAUGGAAGAAACUACAUUGGAAUCAGACUUCAAUGGCAUCACUUUUCAUCGUGGUUGUAUUAAACCAUGCUGUGAAUUGGUUCGUGAGAAAUUUAGAAAGCAUUCUUCAAAUCAAAAUAAAAAGGCAGUUGAUCCCUGUGAAGUAUGGUGCAGUAAGCCAAUUCAUGUACUGAAAGACUAUUGCGAUGUGAUUAAAAUAUACGUUGUUUGGCCAUUUCUGCUUCAACUUGAAACUCAUCCUGAAGUAACUGCUAACCACACACGUUUCAGUUUGAAGAGGCUCCAGAAUAUUGAGGUUCUGGAAGACUUGGUCGACUUGUCUAAGAAAGUUGUGAACAAUCCAUUUUUUAUCAGUGGCAUAUUGAGUAUUGGAACCAGAAUAGAAAACCGAGAUUUUGAUCUUGUGGCAGCCCUUGACUGGGUGAAACGUACAGGGGAGUUCAGUGUUCUACAGAAAUUAGAAGAAUAUGGAAGUUUUUGUCAGCUUUCUCUAGAAGCUUUCUUUGUUGAAUAUAAACAUUAUAUAACUAAAGUUGCAGUGGAAGACUGCAAUUUAGUUGAAGAGUUUGAAGCACAGACUUGUGAAAAGUGUAUAAAGAAAAGUGAAUUUAUGAAAGAGAGAGGAAAUUGUGAGUUUUCCCAAAAAAAGCUGGAUUUUGCUAUAAGCUCAUACACUAAAGCCAUAGAAUUUUGUCCUGAAAACCAUCUUCUUUAUGGUAAUCGGGCUCUCUGUUUUCUUCACACUGGACAAUACAAGCAAGCUCUUGUUGAUGGAAAAAGGGCAACUAUUUUGAAGCCUAUCUGGCCAAAGGGUCAUUAUCGCUUCUGUGAGGCUCUCUCGCUGCUGGGAAAACAUGAAUAUGCCCUGGAAGCUAAUGAGAGGGCCCAAGAGCUCUGCAAGAAUAUUCCUGAGCAAGUUAAAGAUCUUAUUUCGCAAAGCACAAGGUUAAGGAAGGAAAUGGAAGAAAUUAAAGGUAUGAAAGCAAGUAAACACAGAACAAAGAAAUCAUUUUUUGAGAAAAAAGAAUUUGGUUCUCCACAGUCUAAUUUAUUCAAUUCUCAAGAAUCAAAAGAAAUAGACAAAGAAAGGAGGAGAAUACAAGUAGAUUCUAAAGACCACAGCUGUCAUAAAAAACACAAGGUGACUACUGAUGCCACAAGUGCUAAAACUAAAGACUGGUCUUCAGUGGUUCCAUCAGGAGAGAAUCACCAAAAUAAAGGAAAACCAAAGAACAAAACCUGUGAUUCUGAAAAGGCAAGAGAUCAUCUGUGUUUGAAGAUUGAUUCUAAAAAUAUCCAGGAUAAACACUCUAGUGCCGUCCGACAGGUGGAUUUAACUGUGUUGCCAGAAAUGUUGAAGACACUUGUUCAUGAUGGCUAUACAGCCUUGAUGGACCAACGUUGUCGCAGUGCUGAACAAGUCUUUUCAAAGUUAUUGAUUAUUUUGGAUCCUUCAGAGUUGAAGCAGCUGAAUCUUGCUGUUAUUGACUAUGUAGUAGUCAUCUAUGGAUAUGCCACUGCUCUCCUUGGAAUAGGACAGCCUGAGGAAUUAGCAAAGGCUGAAGACCAGUUUAACAAAAUAAUUGAGCAGUAUCACAAGGAGAGAUUUAAUUGCUUGGCACAUUUUGGAAUUGGAAAAGUGUACUUGAGACAAAACAGAUUUUCAGAUGCUAUAGAUCAGUUUAUGAAAUCACAGACAAUGAUUAACCAUAAAAUUGUACCUGGAACAUUAACGUGGCCCACAACUUCUGUUGUUAUUGAAGAGACUCGGACUGAAAAAUUACAGUUGAUGUUGGAGAAUUUCAUUGGUGAAUGCAAGUUUCCUCCAGAGCCAGAUGCAGUUUGUUCUUAUCAGCAGUUUCAUGGGCAUUCAAAAAUUCAAAUCUAUUUUACAGAUCCAGACUUCAAGGGUUUUAUACGUAUCACUUGCUCUGAGCAGUGUAAAGUGGAGUUUCACAUCAGCUGUUGGAAAAAGCUAAAAACUACCGUUUACAGUGAUAAAAAUGACAAGGAUCUUCUUCAAGCGUCAUGUUUCACUCCUGAUUGUAGAGGCCUCAUUUCAAAAAUUAUUAUCUUCAGUUCUUCCGGUAUCAUAAAAUGCAUGUUUGAACAAAAAAUCCCCAAAAUUAAGGAUCCACCAAGAGCCAGGGUUAAGCAGAAAUGUUCAAGUUCUAGGAUGCUAACAAUAAAAGAAGAAAAAAAACUUAAGAGAAAACGAGUAAAAGAAGAAGCACUGAAAUCUGCAAAAGAUAGUGUGGAAGAAAAUAAAAGGGAAAAUAAUGCAUCUAAGUAUGAUAAUCAUACAGAUCAUGUUCAGAGACACUUAUUUGCUAGUGAUAGAGUCCUACAGCAUAUUUUGCAGAAUGUUGAACAGAUAAGAACUGGUGUACAUGACACUUCCAGACUUCUCAGCGAACUGCUUUCUUGGUGGGUAAUAAGUGAGGAGGAUUACAGAAUGUGUUCCUCAAGUAGCAGCACAUCAAAUGAAGUGAUGGAGCAGCUCAUAAAUCAUUUAAUUCAGAAGAAGAAUAGAGUAAAGACAAGAAUUUUUGUUCAUGUGCUGAGUGAACUUGAAGAAGUGGAUCCCAAAUUACAUGAGUGGAUAAAAGAUCUUAACAGUUUUGGUUUGGAUGCCACAAAGAUCUUUUUCUCUCGUUAUGGAGAUUUUGUUAAAGAGCUUGACCUGAGGUUUAUAACCAUUCUGUGGAAUGAGAAGUAUGGCAGUAAAUUUGGCAAUGUGUUGACCAGCUAUGAAGAUAAUGAAAUUCUUAACUGUUUCUAUGAAGCAUCACUGAAUGAAACUCGUUGUGUAAUAUGGCUAUUAGAGGAUAAUAGAGAGAAUUUUCCAUCUUUGCAUCAAGCAUUAGAUGAAUUCUUUGAUAAAAUGGAUGGUCCAUGCAUUAUAUUAAAAAAGCAGGAAAAUGAAGAUAUCUCAACUAAUGGUAUCAAAGUUAAAAACAAAAGUAAGAAGAAGAAAACAAAAGAAUCAAGACCUAUUUUAGUACUUUCUGGUGGAGUUGGUGCAGUCACCCGAGAAGACGACAGUGUAUUUCCAGAAGAAAAUACUUUAAGUUUUAUGAAUCCUGGUGAGCCUUUUAUAAUUCCAGAAUAUCUUCGUGAUCAAGUGGAAGAGUUUGAAGCUCUGUUUGACAAUGUUUCAGACAGUAACAAUUAUCAGAGACUUUUGGAUAAUAACCCAGACCCAACUUGUGAAAGUUUAUAUUACACCGAAGAGGUUGAGAGAGUCUCGCGGGAGGUCUCCAAGCUGGAAAUCCAGUCUUGUGGCAACGUCUACGGCACCAUCAUCGUUGACGCCGGCACUGAGCAACUUCCUAGAGGUGCUGUUCCAGUCAUCGGCACUGGGACCUUCAGCAUCAGUCUCUUCAGCACUGAUGCACGUCUUGGCACUGUCACAGGCUCUGGCAUCGACCAUGUGGAACUUGCCGGUACCCCAAUCGAUGGUGACGUCGACUUCUUAGGGACUAAUGGUAUCAAAGUUAAAAACAAAAGUAAGAAGAAGAAAACAAAAGAAUCAAGACCUAUUUUAGUACUUUCUGGUGGAGUUGGUGCAGUCACCCGAGAAGACGACAGUGUAUUUCCAGAAGAAAAUACUUUAAGUUUUAUGAAUCCUGGUGAGCCUUUUAUAAUUCCAGAAUAUCUUCGUGAUCAAGUGGAAGAGUUUGAAGCUCUGUUUGACAAUGUUUCAGACAGUAACAAUUAUCAGAGACUUUUGGAUAAUAACCCAGACCCAACUUGUGAAAGUUUAUAUUACUAUUUCUCCCAGAUCUUGGAGGAACAUGGUCCAAUGAAAAUUGAUGAUAAAUUGUUAGUUGGAGAAUAUGAACAUUUCCCUGAAGAAGCUUGUAAGAUUGUGGAAGAUGCAGGUGGUCUGAAACCUUUCCUUCUAGAAUCCCUUCGUUUUGUUAUGAUGGAUGAUCUUAUUGGCUUAAUGAAACAUGCAGUUCUACUUACGGAAAAUACUGAUACAGAAGAAGAUACUAGAAAUGAAGAGGAAAAUCAUAUAGCUUAUGAAAAUAUUAAUGAAAAUUAUCAAAGCAGAUUACAAUUAAACCCAGCUGCUGAGGAAUUCAAACCAGUGUCUUAUAUGCCGGUUCCUAGUAAUACUACAGUAACAAAUUCUGAAAAUCUAGAUUAUUCAAUCCCAGGACAUUCCUCAAAUAUUUCUUAUAUCUCCGUGUAUUCUGUGCCUAGUCGGAGUAUCAAUACCAUAGAAGAAUCACUAUCUUCUUCAGAUGUAUUGCUGCACUCCUCUAUGUAUGAUAAUCAAGAUCUACCUCUGAGUGAGGUUUCCUCAUGUUAUGAAAGUGAAAGAACAUUCCCAAUGAUUUCUCAAAUACUUCCUAUACCAGAUGUUGCCAGGCAACCUAAUUAUAUAUAUGCUGAUUAUGAAGCUCCUCUUGAUAUUGAUAAAGCAACAAUAUCAGACAGAGAGUACGUAUCUGGCAAUCAUAUACCAAAUCAAAUGCAAGCAUACCAGGACCCUCAGUAUGUAUUGGGGAAGUCGAUCUACAGCAUUUAUGGAGAUAAUCUUGACCAGAGUAUGAGCAGUAUUAAGGAAGUUAAAUAUGAUCAGUCUGCUGUUAAGAUGGAGCUAGAGAAUAAAAGUACUCCUGUAAUGAAAAAUAUUCCACUUACAAAGAUGAUAGCUAUUCAGGUAAAUCAGGAAUUAACAGCUAGAGAGGCUAAUACCAUGCCUUUUUAUCCAUUUGAAACUCAACAAGGAGAUAUUUUACGUAUGGAAAAAGAGCAUCAGGUAUUACAAGAGCAACUUAAGGAAGCAAAGGAAAAAUAUGAACAGUUACAGUGCCGAAGCUCAGAAGAGAUGAGUGUUUUAGAAGAGCAGUUAAAAAAAAAAGUUGAAGAAAAUGAGAUUUCACAGAAAGAGUUGCAGUGGUUUCACCAAGAUUUAGAAACAGAAGUUAAGAAAUGGCAACAAGAAAAGAAAGAAAAUCAAGAGAAAUUAAAAGCAACAAAGAAUACGUCCAAAAAACUUGCAGAUAGUAAUGAGAUGUACUUGAGGAAUAUUGAUGAGAAGGACAAGCAAUAUGCCAUGUAUUUGGAUACAUUUCUGGAGACCAGUAAUAGAUUUGCCAAUGAAAAAGUUCAGCUGGAAGAGCUAAUAAAAAAGAGCAAAGAUAAUUGCCAGGAGUGUAUUAAAAGAGCUGUUGCUGCAGAGGUGUCAGUACUUGAAAAUCGGAAGAACACUGAAUUAUGCAAGUUAUGCAGCAUAGCUGCAAAUGCAGAAACAAAUCUUAAAGUCCUAAAGUUAAUGAGCAGUGCUCCCACUUCAGUGUUACCUCAGUUGAAGUCACAGAUUGAUUCUUGGGAAACAUUUAUUUCAAAUAUCAAGAAAGAAAAGGAAAAAAUAGAGUCUCAGUAUGAAGAGAGAAUUCACUUAGUGAAAAAUGGUACACAACUAAAUGAUAUCUCUGAAGUGCAAGUUGCUGAUCUUCAGUCUCCUCCUAGCAUCUCAGUAAUGCAAGGCAACCCUCCUAUUAAUGAUCCAGCCAUCGUAAUGUAUUCAUCUGCACUCGUAUGUCCCAAUUUGCUUCCUGCAUUUUCAAGCACAAAAGAUCUAAGUCCAAUUCAUUCUACAUUUAAUGAGCAAACUGGAAAGAAAAGAGCAGAUAAAAGUUCUAAUCCUUGUUCUGCAAAGAAUGGAUCAGUGAACCUACCCUGUAAAACUUCAGGAGCAUCAUACUUUGAUAAAGUCCCAGUAACCCAGUCAUCAGGGAUUUCUGGAAGUACUGCUCAGAACAUCCAGCCAAACCAAAGUCAGCUAGAUGAUCCAGCAUCAGCUACGCGUUUGGAAGCUGCUAAAGUUCCAAACAAGAAGGCACUUUCAAAAGUCCUGGACAGUAUCAUUGAAUGUCUAAAAGCGAUAUUUCCACACUAUACAAGAUCUGAACUUACUGACUUCAUUAAAAAAGUACAAAUUAAAAAUGGAAACAAACUUUCAGGAUUGAGCUCAGAUGAAAUCUUGACCAGAGUUACGGAACUAAUUCUGGACCAUCAAAAUAAUAAAAAGUCUCCAACC